UCCCUAGCAAUAUUGACUACUAAAAUGAAAAAUAAUUCCAAGGUUUCUUUCAAAAUCAUUUAUCUCUAUCACAUUUACAAAGAUAAUUCACGUUUUUCUAGUAUCUGUUGAAAUACUACUUAUAUAAGGUGUCAAUAAAUUUUGCGGAAACUCUUGUACUGAUUUGGCAGUAACAGGAUAAAAGCUGAUAAAAGCUGUCAUCAUAGCCGAACGGAUCUGUUAUUUCUACCUAUAUUGCAAACUCUCAGUAGCGCAACACGUAAAAGACUUGUAAUUAAACGUUUGAUUUUUUUCCAAAUUUCUAUAAAAAUAUGGGUAUGUUAUGGUGUUGUUUUCCCUGUCCUUCAUCGUAUGAAGAUUUAACACCUGAUCCAGAAACAAGACGUAGACAAGUUGUUGAAGCUGCAGAAAAGAGACGUAUUGAGGAAGAGCGAAGAGGAAUAGGGAAUCUUGAAGCUGUUAGAGUACAACAGCAAUUGGAUGAAGAACGUGCGAGACGUAGGGCAGAAGAUCUUAAUAUUGAUCCACAGACAGGAAUGAAGUGGCAAGUGAAUUAAUCGACUGGUAGGAACAAUUGGAUAUCUGUCAAAGAUGUCGGAACUGAUUUUAAAGUAUUUUUGAUCUGUAACUCAUUUGUGAUAUAUCAAUUACAUAAUAUACUUGAUAUAAGCACACUUUGUCGGAAGUAUAAAAUGUUUAUUAAAGAAUCGAAUGCGCAUGAACAUUUAUAAGCGCUAUUCAAAUUAGACUAUCUUAUGUACAUAUAGAAAAUACAGUAUUUGGGAAUGUUUUUAACUAUUA